UCUCGAUGCACUCUCGAUGAACCCGGGCCGAACCCGUAAAAUCUGUAAACACCGACAUAACUUUACCUUUGUUUAACAAAAUAAUAACACUAAUUUAAACAGUCUUCUGUAUUGUACAUUUUGACAUUAUGGCGUUCAGCUUAGCAGCCUUUUCUUACAUCAUUGCAUUGAUUGCGGAUGCCUUUCUUAUAUUUUUAGCUAUUUUUCACGUGAUUGCAAUCGACGAGCUAAAAACGGAUUACAAGAGUCCCAUAGACCAGUGCAAUAGCUUAAAUCCUUUGGUUCUCCCAGAGUAUAUUCUCCACAUUGCUUUCAAUGUGUUGUUUCUGUUUGCUGGUGAAUUCUUCUCUCUCUGUCUAAACUUGCCACUCAUCGCCUACCAUAUUAACAGGUAUCUUCACAGACCUCAAUACAUGAGUGAACAUGGAUUGUACGAUGCUACUACAAUAAUGAAUGCAGAUGUCCUGGGAAAAUGCCAGAGGGAAGGGUGGAUCAAAUUGUCCUUCUACCUGUUAUCCUUCUUCUACUAUCUUUAUGGGAUGAUUUACUCUCUAAUCUCAGCUUAAGCUGCCUAUCAAUGGUCAAAUAAUGAAUGGAGAAUGACACUGCUCAGCCCCUUUUUGUGGUAUUAUUUUGUUUAAAUUUAUUGAAAUUUUUAUGGUUUUUCUUACCUUUCUUAAAGAACAAUUGUUUUUUUUUUUUUUAAAUAUAGCUUUAUGUAAAAUGUUGCCACUUUUCUUGGUCAACUUUUCACUGUCGUGUGACACAAAUUGCAUAUUAUUGAUAAGCAAUGUGAUAACACUGUGCUUGUAAUACUU